AUGUCGAAGCAUUUGUCCAGAUUUAGUCACCACCCACGCGCAGCUUCUGGGCCUCUAGAGUGUCCCUAUGAGGGCAGAGAUAUCAUAACGUCAUGCCAGUUUAACAAAGGCUCUGCAUUCAGUGAAGAAGAAAGGAAUGUUUUCAAGCUGCAUGGUCUAUUGCCUCCGAACAUCCAAACUUUGGAAGAGCAGGUCCAACGGGCAUUUCAACAAUAUAAGAGCCGUCCCGAUGCUUUGGCUAAAAAUACUUUCAUGGCAAGCAUGAAGGCGCAAAAUGAGGUUCUAUACUACAAACUGAUACAAACUCAUCUGAAAGAGAUGUUUAGUGUGAUAUACACACCCACGGAAGGUGACGCAAUUCAAAAUUACUCCCGCUUAUUCAGAAGGCCAGAGGGCUGCUUCUUAAAUAUAAAAGACCAGGAUAGGAUUGAAGAGUGUCUUUGCAAUUUUGGCCGCGGCAUAGAUGUUGAUUACAUCGUCGUUAGUGAUGGCGAGGAAAUACUGGGCAUCGGAGACCAAGGUGUCGGAUCCAUAUUAAUUUCCGUCGCUAAGCUGGUCCUCGCGACAUUAUGUGCUGGAAUUCACCCUUCUCGACAGCUGCCUGUAGUUCUAGAUUGUGGCACAGAUAACAAAGACCUACUCAACGAUGAGUUAUAUUUGGGCCUUCGACAGCCGCGUGUCAGAGGCGAUGAAUACGAUCGAUUUGUGGAAAAGUUUGUGACAACUGCCAGGAAGAUGUUUCCUAAAGCGUACAUCCACUUCGAAGACUUUGGCCUCCAUAAUGCUAGCAGGCUUCUAAAUCAGUAUCGACCACAUAUCCCUUGUUUCAAUGAUGAUAUUCAGGGAACAGGAUGUGUGACUCUGGCGGCAUUAAUGGCGGCUUUUCAUGUCAGUAAUAUCGGACUAGCAGAUGUGCGUGUAGUGGUCUUUGGCUCGGGCUCAGCUGGUACUGGAAUUGCGAAACAAGUCGCCGAUACCAUUGCUACGGACACUGGCAGAACAAAGCAAGAAGCUUCAGCACAGAUUUGGUGUCUUGAUAAGCCAGGUAUUUUGCUCAAGUCUCUUGGUGACCAACUUACCGCAGCUCAAGCACCAUUUGCACGGGAUGACAACGAGUGGCCCAAGGAGAAGGGCACAGAUUUACUUUCAGUUGUGAAGGAGGUAAAACCGCAUGUCUUGAUUGGCACGUCAACGAAGCCAAAGGCAUUCACAGAAAACAUUAUCCGGGAGAUGGCGAAGCACGUUGAACAUCCUAUCGUCUUUCCCUUAAGCAACCCUACACGAUUACAUGAGGCUUCCCCGGAGGACAUUAACCACUGGACAGAAGGUCGAGCUUUAAUGGCCACUGGGAGUCCAUUCCCUCCCGUUGAGCGUAAUGGAGUAGAAUACGAAGUAGCGGAGUGCAAUAAUUCAACCUGCUUUCCUGGCAUCGGCCUUGGGGCAGUUCUAUCUCGGACGCAGAUCCUCUCUGACAAGAUGUUGGUGGCAGCCGCCAGAGCGUUAGCUUCUCAGUCUCCGGCGCUACAGGAUCCAAACAGGCCUCUUCUUCCGGAUGUUGAGAAUGUGCGCGAGAUCAGCGUGCAUAUUGCUCGGGCAAUCAUCGAGACAGCAAUCGAGGAAGGAUAUGCCCAAGAAAAAGAUAUUCCGAGUCAUGAGGAAGAGUUGGAGGAGUGGAUCCGUGUGCAGAUGUGGGAGCCCAUUUAUAGGCCGCUUGUCAAGGCAGGAGAAAAGUAA